AUGAAGUAUGGGACGGCAGCGUCCCUCGCAAUGGUUCUGCUGGCGUACUGGUUCCGAUCUCCAGGGGAGUCAGGACUGGAUGACAGGCUGGACACGGUGCUGUCCUCCCUGCUGCGGGCUGAAAGCAAAGUGGGGAUGAACAACGCCAGACCCAGGGUGGCGAUAGGUGAGAAUACUACAUGACGAGUUAGCCUAGCAUCAGUUAGCUAGCUAACGUUAGCUAACCUUACUUUGAUGCGCAGAGAGGAGUGUCAUUCCUACAAACCGGUGCCUUUUGGAUAGUAUCAUUUUUUAUUUUUUUUUGUCUUCUAUCAGCGAAAGGACGUUUGACUUUCAGAAAAACAUAUUAGUCAAACUCAGGCACUUAACAUUUGUUGGUACAUUUUCCAAAUUUAGGUGCUUAAUCCUAACAGGGUGGAGGAACCUAACAGGUGUAAAUUAGCCAUAGCUCUGUGAGUAAGCAAGAUUGAGCUAGCAUAUUGGUGAACACUUGAACAGGAUUUUAACUUCUAUCAAAUAUAUUUAUAAAUUUUGUAAAUUUUCUCUAUAAUUUAGCCUAACAGGAUGGAAAUGUAUGAGUGAGAAAUAGACUAACAACAUGAAACAUUGAUUGUUUAUAUUUAUUGAACUUUGAUCCGUUUUCCCAACAAAGAAAUUACGACACUGAAUGUGGUGUCAUUGUGAAAGGGGUUGUUUUUUAAAAGGAGAACUACAACAAGGUAACAGAAUUGAAAGUGAUAUCAGUGACACAGAAAAUCUUAAAAUACAUACAGUAAUCAUUUUAAAAAACGUAUUACAGAGAGAAUUUAACUAGGACUAUAAAAUAAUGAAUUGUAAAUAUUUUAUAGCUUAUAUUUCUCGUGGAAGUUGAAGAAUAACACCAGGGGACAUGGCAAAAACGCCUACAUCUACUGAAAAAAAGUGUUACAAAUUAGGGGUGUGAUGUUUUAACGAGUUUGGGAUGGUUAAUUUUGAGAAAAAAUCCCCAACCGAUAACCUUUAUUUUAUUUGCCACAGAUAUAAAGUGUUCCACACGUCAUGGUCAUUAACAGUUGGAAAAAAUGGCAGAAAGUGAGACAGGGAAGCGACAGCAGCGUAGUCCUCUAUGGAAAUACUUUGAGAAGUUAAAUGAGAUGCUGACGAAAUGCAAACUUUGCAAGGUGGAAUUGAGCUGCAGUACAGGUGCAAUGGUCAAAGGGAGACCCAACCCGUUUCUGGCUGCAGUGUGUUAAGGGACAGGGUGAUACAAUUAUAGCGCUGAUUACAGAAAUGAUUGCAGUUGAUAUGCAGCCAAUGGUAGAGGAUGUCGGCUUCAAUGCCCUAAUGGCAUAUCUAGAACCAGACUAAAAGAUGCUUUGUCGAAAAACCGUGAAGGCCCUGAUGAAGAAAGUGUACAAUGAUUGCUCUGCAAGUACAAAGUGCAAGCUCUCAAACACCAUAUGUGGCAUUAACAGAUUGUUGGAUGUCUAUGAACACGCUGUCAUACAUCACUGCAACGAGCCAUCACAUUGAUGAGAAGUGGGACAUGAAGUCCCAUGUACUGACAACUGAGACCAUGGAGGAGAGACACAACAGAGAACCUAAAACUGCAUUAAUACCAUUGUUACUGAGUGGGUGGGGGACAGCAGUAAGGUGAGCGCCAUCUGGUAGGUUGUCAGGACUGCGGAAGAUUGAACUGCAUUGCCUCCUAGUGGUCAUAUGCAGGACCAUAUCUGAAUUGUGAAUCACCUCAUUUUAUGAUAAAAUUAAAUUAAAACGUUUAAAUUAUAACAAAAUGGCAGUUUAGACUUGUAUGAUAAUUUUUUAUUUUUUUUUGUCACAUCCCAAUUCAAAAUGCGUAAAAUUCCCUUUCAAGAUCGAUAUAUUUUUGUCUUUUUAAGGUAAAGGACACCUGCCCUUAUAUUGAAAGCCUUUUGGAAACCACAUUUUACAAAAUUUUACACUAAAUAAGAAGUGAUAUUUCCUGGGGACAGAAAAGGCACCGCAUACUAGGAAUGACCCAGGUGGUUUUUGCCUUUUUAUGGGGUUCUGGAUUGGCAUGUAAACCAUCCGGCCAAGCAAGCACCACCAGCUUUUUAUGAAACCAUUUAACCAUAUUUACAAUUGUGGUUGAUGUAUCUUGCUAGCUAGCUAGCUAGCUAAUGAGCCAAUAAAUCAAUGCAAAUGACUUAGUCUGGUUAUUUAUGCUGUAAUGCACAAUUAAUUGGUAUAUACAGCCUGAAACUAAUGCCUGCAAAAUCGUGUAAAUGUUCCUUACAAGCCAGAAUGUUGAAUUAAAUUGCAUUAAAAAAAAUGACAAAAUACCUACAGGAAAGUAUUGUUUACUCAACUUUUUAGAGAGUCAUUAGAUGCAUGGUUUGGUUUUGCACAGGGGUGAAGUUAGUUUUAUAUUGGAUAUUCGGUUAUUUCAUCAAUAGCUAUUGAACCAAGCAUGCCAAGACAAUUAAAAUGGUAUAUUCUGAAUCAGGGGAGGUUGGAGAACAAUCCACACCUUUUUUUGUGUGCAUUAUAUUUUUGUUUUGGGAGGAUUUCAAUCUUGAAUCUACAAUUCAAAAAAUUGUGUGGAUUGUUUUCCCAUCAUCCCCUGAUUCUGGAUAUACAAAUUUUUCAUUGUCAUGCAAUGCUUGGUUCAAUAGCUAUUGAUGAAAUAACGAAUAUGCAAUAUAAAACUAAACUUUCCUUGGUACCGAACCAUAUACAGUGGGGGAAAAAAUAUUUAGUCAGCCACCAAUUGUGCAAGUUCUCCCACUUAAAAAGAUGAGGCCUGUAAUUUUCAUCAUAGGUACACGUCAACUAUGACAGACAAAAUGAGGAAAUAAAAUCCAGAAAAUCACAUUGUAGGAUUUUUAAUGAAUUUAUUUGCAAAUUAUGGUGGAAAAUAAGUAUUUGGUCACCUACAAACAAGCAAGAUUUCUGGCUCUCACAGACCUGUAACUUUUUCUUUAAGAGGCUCCUCUGUCCUUCACUCGUUACCUGUAUUAAUGGCACCUCUUUGAACUUGUUAUCAGUAUAAAAGACACCUGUCCACAACCUCAAACAGUCACACUCCAAACUCCACUAUGGCCAAGACCAAACAGCUGUCAAAGGACACAAGAAACAAAAUUGUAGACCUGAACCAGGCUGGGAAGACUGAAUCUGCAAUAGGUAAGCAGCUUGGUUUGAAGAAAUCAACUGUGGGAGCAAUUAUUAGGAAAUGGAAGACAUACAAGACCACUGAUAAUCUCCCUCGAUCUGGGUCUCCAAGCAAGAUCUCACCCUGUGGGGUCAAAAUUAUCACAAGAACGGUGAGCCAAAAUCCCAGAACCACACGGGGGGACCUAGUGAAUGACCUGCAGAGAGCUGGGACCAAAGUAACAAAGCCUACCAUCAGUAACACACUACGCCGCCAGGGACUCAAAUCCUGCAGUGCCAGACGUGUCCCCCUGCUUAAGCCAGUACAUGUCCAGGCCCGUCUGAAGUUUGCUAGAGUGCAUUUGGAUGAUCCAGAAGAGGAUUGGGAGAAUGUCAUAUGGUCAGAUGAAACCAAAACUCAACUCGUCGUGUUUGGAGGACAAAGAAUGCUGAGUUGCAUCCAAAGAACACCAUACCUACUGUGAAGCAUGGGGGUGGAAACAUCAUGCUUUGGGGCUGUUUUUCUGCAAAGGGACCAGGACGACUGAUCCGUGUAAAGGAAAGAAUGAAUGGGGCCAUGUAUCGUGAGAUUUUGAGUGAAAACCUCCUUCCAUCAGCAAGGGCAUUGAAGAUGAAACGUGGGUGGGUCUUUCAGCAUGACAAUGAUCCCAAACACACCGCCCGGGCAACGAAGGAGUGGCUUCAUAAGAAGCAUUUCAAGGUCCUGGAGUGGCCUAGCCAGUCUCCAGAUCUCAACCCCAUAGAAAAUCUUUGGAGGGAGUUGAAAGUCCGUGUUGCCCAGCGACAGCCCCAAAACAUCACUGCUCUAGAGGAGAUCUGCACGGAGGAAUGGGCCAAAAUACCAGCAACCGUGUGUGAAAACCUUGUGAAGACUUACAGAAAACGUUUGACCUGUGUCAUUGCCAACAAAGGGUAUAUAACAAAGUAUUGAGAAACUUUUGUUAUUGACCAAAUACUUAUUUUCCACCAUAAUUUGCAAAUAAAUUCAUUAAAAAUCCUACAAUGUGAUUUUCUGGAAAAAAAAUCUCAUUUUGUCUGUCAUAGUUGAUGUGUACCUAUGAUGAAAAUUACAGGCCUCUCUCAUCUUUUUAAGUGGGAGAACUUGCACAAUUGGUGGCUGACUAAAUACUUUUUUUCCCCACUGUAUAUAUGUGGUGUGCGUUUGAGGGUUGCUGUCAGGUUGAAGGAGUUUCUCCUUUUCCGAGCUCUUUGGUGGACAUUUUGAUUUUCUUGAAGGAGCUUUUUGAGCAGGGCCUUUCUUUUUCCACAUGGAAUGUUUUUAUAUGGCAGCCAUUUCUGGCGUGUCAUGUAGGGAUUGACGGCUCUACCCCAGGGUCUCAUCCUCUGGUAGUGCGGUUCAUGUUUGGAGUUCAUGCCUGGCAACACCGAAGUAAGGUUACGUCCUAAUACAGUUUGCCCCUAAGGUUAUGCCUAUGUCUUACAGGUCUCUGGCUUUCGAGCUUUUCCUUUCUCACCUCCUCCGUUUGCUUCCAGUGAACAACGGCGGUUGCAUGGCCUGUGUCCGGUGCGCGCUUUACGCACAAAUAUGGAUAGGAACAAGGAUAUCUGCGUUUGUGACCAGCUUUUUGUCUGUUUUGCUAAUCCAGCUCUGGGUAGGGUGCUUUCUAAGCGGCGUCUUUCUCAUUGGAUUGUGGAGGCUAUCUCCCUGGCGUUUGACAGUAUAGGACAAGGGUUGACUAGCGGUGUGCAUGCUUACUCUACUAGGGGUGUGGUGACUUCUUGGGCAUUGUUCAGGGGCAUGACGAUUGGUGAUAUCUGUGCUGAAGCGAUUGGGGGUUUUCCCAAUACCUUUUGAGUUGAAUGUGCCCCCCCGUGGGCUCAUUGUUUUUAUGGGGGGCCCGGGGGGUGGGGGUUAGGCAGCGCGCAGAGGGACAUUUACGGGGUUUUCCACAUUUCCCCCUGGGGUUUGACCUUUGGGGGCUGCUGGGGUUUCGUCGAUUAGGGGGGCGCGAAUGCCAGUUUGGCCGGCAGCCAGCCAGGAAAAUAAAAUCAAAUCAAAUUUAUUGGUCACAGCGCCGAAUACAAAGGUGCAGAUGCUUACUUACACCCCUUAACCAACAUGCAUUUAUUUUAAAAAAAAAAGUAAAAAUAAAACAACAAAAAAAAAAAGUGUUGAGAAAAAAAGAGCAGAAAAAAAAUAAGUGACAUAGGGGGGCUAUAUAUACAGUAAAAAAAGUGACAGUGGGGGGCCAUUAUAAGGGGGGUUUACCUUUGCGAGUCGAUGUGCGAGGGCACCGGCUAGUUGAGGUAGUUGAAGUAAUAUGUACAUGUGGGUAGAGUUAAAGUGACUAUGCAUAAAUACUUAACAGAGUAGCAGCAGCGUAAAAAGGAUGGGGUGGGGGGGCAGUGCAAAUAGUCCGGGUAGCCAUGAUUAGCUGUUCAGGAGUCUUAUGGCUUGGGGGUAGAAGCUGUUGAGAAGUCUUUUGGACCUAGACUUGGCACUCCGGUACCGCUUGCCGUGCGGUAGCAGAGAGAACAGUCUAUGACUAGGGUGGCUGGAGUCUUUGACAAUUUUGAGGGCCUUCCUCUGACACCGCCUGGUAUAGAGGUCCUGGAUGGCAGGGAGCUUUGCCCCAGUGAUGUACUGGGCCGUACGCACUACCCUCUGUAGUGCCUUGCGGUCAGAGGCCAAGCAGUUGCCAUACCAGGCGGUGAUGCAACCAGUCAGGAUGCUCUCGAUGGUGCAGCUGUAGAAUUUUUUGAGGAUCUGAGGACCCAUGCCAAAUCUUUUUAGUCUACUGAGGGGGAAUAGGCUUUGUCGUGCCCUCUUCACGACUGUCUUGGUGUGUUUGGACCAUGAUAGUUCGUUGGUGAUGUGGACACCAAGGAACUUGAAGCUCUCAACCUGUUCCACUACAGCCCCGUCGAUGAGAAUGGGGGCGUGCUCAGUCCUCUUUUUUUUUCCUGUAGUCCACAAUCAUCUCCUUUGUCUUGGUCACGUUGAGGGAAAGGAAUCUUGGUGGUUCCAAACUUCUUCCAUUUAAGAAUGAUGGAGGCCAAGGUGUUCUUGGGUACCUUCAAUGCUAUAUAUUUUUUGGUACCCUUCCCCAGAUCUGUGUCUCGACACAAUCCUGUCUCGGAGCUCUACGGACAAUUCCUUCGACCUCAAGGCUUGGUUUUUGCUCUGACAUGUACUGUCAACUGUGGGACCUUUAUAUAGACAAACGUGUGCCUUUCCAAAUCAUGUCCAAUCAAUUGAAUUUACCACAGGUGGACUCCAAUCAAGUUGUAGAAACAUCUCAAGGAUGAUCAAUGAAAACAGGAUACACCUGAGCUCAAUUUCUAGUCUCAUAGCAAACGGUCUGAAUACUUAUGUAAAUGAGGUAUUUCAGUUUUUAUUUUUAAUACAUUUGCAAAAAUGUCUAAACCUGUUUUUGCAUUGUCAUUAUGACGUAUUGUGUGUAGAUUUUAACGUAACAAAAUGUGGAAAAAGGGAAGGGGUCUGAAUACUUUCCAAAUGCACUGUAGUAUGGGGAAACUCACCUCAUCCACCACCAAUGUGUAGCACCCUCCUGGGUGAUGCAUGACAACCAUUUUUGUGCCAGAACAUUCACCACAUAUCAGCUAUCAGGUGGAGAGGCGAGGAGUGAUUUAUGCCAAUUAGGAAGGAGGGGGAUGUAACCUCUUUUCGGAGCCCUCUGAGCCGGCUUGGGGCAUGAUUGUAUGUCCCCAUAGUAUGUUAUAGCAAGUGACCGACUGAAAGGGAACAUACAGUUAUGAAUAUAACCAAUGUUCCCUGAAGGAAGGAAUGAGGGCCGUCAGGGGAUUUGGGCUCGCUGAAGAGCAGUACUGAAUUGAGGAAAUGGAUGCGAGCCCUGGUAUUAUAGCCAGGAAGGCGGGGCUUCCUAGGGUGGGCUCGGCAUCUAUUGGCCCGUUGGCCGUGAUUUCCGUUUGCUUCAGGUGAAUUGGAUUGGUCGUUGACUCCCCAUAGUAUGUUAUACCUCGUUCCCUACUUCAGGGAACACUAGUUAUAUUCAUAACAGUACAUUUGCAUUCAUCAUAAAUAUUCAUAGUUUAUAUUUCCGCCUAUUGUAUCUGUGUGUUUACAGGUCUAUAUUACCAAAAUGCUUUAAGAUAUCCUAAUGCUGUUUGUUUGUGUAUGUAGGGCAUACAAUUGACUGCUCGUAUUAAAAAAUUUGCAAUAUCAGAGCUUGCAGUAUUUGGUUAUAUGAGCUUAUGUGGCCCACCCCCCCUCCAGUCAGGUCGCAAGGCAUUAUUCUGCAAUGUUUGAGUUAAGGGUGUUUGUCACAAUAUCUAUACAUUUAACCACUUUGCGUUCAAAUAAUUUUACACAAUCAUCCAUAUUAUGUAUGGGAGACCUUCGAGAUAUGGACUUUUGAAAAAAAUAUAUACCUUGGGUAGGGGUAUCUAAACAUUUUGGGGGAUUUGCCACUAGUCUAUUAGGCCUAGCUAGUUUUCCAUUAACCAGUGGUGAGCAGCUAUCUGCAUGGACUCUUUCUUUGUGGACAACAAGCAUGUGAAAUCUAAUUUAGGCCUAAAAUCUGCUUUAGGCAACAUUUUAUUUAUUCACACGCACACACACACACACAGAACCCUGAGGUAUUUGGAGACCAUUAAAGGCAUUCAGUCUUUGUAACUGUCACAUUAGUUUUACCAGUUUUUCUGGUACAUUCUACCCCCUAAAGCCACAGUUAUCUACCAACAUACCUUAUCUACCAACAUACCGACCCACCCAGUCUACUCUGCAGACACAUUGCCGGAAUGGGUAAAGGUUUUGGAGAUUUGGACAAGAGUCUUGUAUAAUUAAUUGUCAGGUUUUUUAGAUUUGUAUUUGUCACUUGGAUAUUGUGGGUUACUGUGUGUAAAUAAAGCCGGGAAAAGUCUGAUUUUAUGUGUUCAUUUCAGGCUGUAAGGCAACAAAAGGUGAACAUUUUGAAACGGGUGGUGACUUUCUGUACCCACUGUAUGUGUUUUAAUCAAAUCAACUAUAUUCACUGAGCUUGUCUGAUGCUUUAAGCACACUGUUUAUUAAAUAAUUAAGACACAAAUAACUAGAGGGAGUCCGACCAGCAAUUUAUUUGAUUGUGCCGGGCUCAGACUUGCUGCGCUGUGUACAAAAAUAAAUAAUAAAGACAGUAACUGUGUGACUAGCACCCGUUGUCUCCUUCUCCUCCCUGCUGCAGCGACCGCCACAGAUCAUCAAAGUUUAUCGCGCUGUCGGUGUUGUUGAAGCUGAAACAUAAUUACAACAAUUUCUGACUGAAAAGUUCUGUUACCGAAAUCCCUCAUUUGUUUAGGAAAAACUUUCCAUAUUCCCUCAACCCUUUGCUCUCUUUACGUGACACAUGUAUGCAUCGCGUGCACAUGACCAAAGACCUAUUCGCACCGGACUAGUAUUACUAGAGAACGUUGGUUAUGUAAUUAUUACUCCAGAAUAUCCGUUAUUCCAGAAGACGAUUCAGACGGGAUUAGUUUUUUCCAAACUGCCCCAUGUAAUGCGUUUUGUUUUUUUAUAUAUAAAUUGACAGUUAUGACAAGCCUGGAGAUUUUUAUUCUAGGCGUGAAGAUAGUAUUUCAACAUGUCCAGGUGAUAGGGCCACACUGAUAACUCGAGUUUGGUUCCCAAGUUUCUAAACCAUCUUUUGUAUAAGCAUUGCGAUAAACAGUGAAUUGAGGAGUGUGAUCAUAACAAUCAUUAUAGAUGUAUGAAUCGUAUCCUCAGUAUUUUCCUAAAUGCCUCCUAGGCCUUAGAUUGAGCUACCAGUGCAGAUUGUACUUUAUUUGGUCCAUUGAAUUGAGGAAGUGUGAUCAUAAUCAUUAGGAUAUUUUAGCGAUCCGCAGUAUGUCCUAAAUGCCUCCUAGCCUUCAGAUGUGAGCUAAACAGUGCAAUUGUACUUGAUGUGUUUUAAGACUAUAGAUGAGAAAGUUAACUUAUAAUUUCCAAACUUUUAGGUCAGCUGUAUACUGUUUUGCGAUCUAUCAACAGCAAGGGUAGCAUUAAAUAGGCUAAAUAGUUUUUACUGAUGCAUUUGGCUAAAUUCAAUUAAGACGCAAAAACAUAUGAACAAAAGCAUUCACUAUGAAAGUUGAUAGGCUACAUGUAGGCCAUUCAUAUAUAGCUUAUGCGCAGCACUUAGUUCAAUUUAUCGAAUCAGUUAUUGUUUUUUUGCGCAAACCGCGAGCAACACCUGUGAAACUUAGAAAUGUCUCUCAAAACACAGGGAUGUCGAUUCGCACUGGACUAGUAGUAUUAUCAGAGGACAGUGGAGUUCGCCAAAAAACAGUAGGUUAUUCUGGCUGGAAUUGUUACUCCCCUGCCAUGUAAAAAAAUACUGACAUGGCAGAUUCAGACAGGACUAAAAUUACAGAUUACAAUAUAAUUUUCUGACCGUUUGGAACAAUGAAACAACACUAAAUAAAUGUUAAGCGUACCAGAGUCUGUUGAAACAGACUCUGGAUUCAGUCGCAUUCAUUCGUGAAUGCAUUUUCAGAAAUGGGACAGUUUAUUUAUUGUUUAAACUAAUUAUUCAAGGCUCGCUUUAUUUUAUUUUAAAAUUAAAAUGCUUGAUUGCAUUUAAAAUCAGGAAUGACUCAUAUGCUGUGUGAUGACAUGAAUGAUUGAUACAGUAGCCUAUAUAAGUAUUGAAAUAUAGGCCUAAAUAAAUUACAAUAUUAAGACUAAACAGGAUGCCCUCUUAGGCCUACAGCUCAAUGUUGGUUAUACAAGGCUGCUAUACUAAGCCUACUAAUGAUAAUGACAUUACUUAUGAAUAAUAAUAAUAAUAAUAAUAAUAAUAAUAAUAAGGAGAUGAAGAAAAAGGACCGUUAUUAUUAUAAAUAUAAUUUUUAGGACAAUUUGGAACAGUGUAAACAACACUAAAUAAAUUAUAAAUAAUACCAGAGGCUGUUCUAACACAAAAAAGUGUAAUGCCUUUAUUACAGCAAAGCAAAGAUAUUAAAAACAGUCACAUUUGUGACAUUGUUUACUUGAUGUGGUUGCAUGAGGCUUGGUGCUCAUGGAAUCUGUAGGCUAUUAAAAACAAACACUCAAACGGGCAACAGAAGCAGGAUCUGUCUUAUUUCUGUAGAUAUUGAUGAUUUCUAAAGCCAGGCACAUUUAACAGUUAGGCUAUUGAUUAUAUACUUAUUAAGUUGGCGUUACCGCUCUCCUCACUUUUCUUAGGCAGUAAGGCAAGGGCUGUUUUCUCGUCUCCUCAUUCUGCUGCUGCCUCUGCCGCAUUGUUCUCAACACCAAUAUGCUGGUUAACUUUGCUAUUAUGCACAUAGCAACAUGGUCUAGGAAAAGGUGCCAAUUCAACAGUGCACUGAUGUGUUUCUGAACCGUGGACAGCGCCCACUAUCCAACGCAGGAGAAAGCGCAUUUGUUAUAAAAUAAUAUUAUUUUUAUUAGUGUUGCACCAUUGUUCUUGUGUAAUAUAACCAUAUACAGUGGGGGAAAAAAGUAGUUAGUCAGCCACCAAUUGUGCAAGUUCUCCCACUUAAAAAGAUGAGAGGCCUGCAAUUUUCAUCAUAGGUACACGUCAACUAUGACAGACAAAAUGAGAAGAAAAAAAUCCAGAAAAUCACAUUGUAGGAUUUUUUAUGCAUUUAUUUGCAAAUUAUGGUGGAAAAUAAAGUAUUUGGUCAAUAACAAAAGUUUCUCAAUACUUUGUUGUAUACCCUUUGUUGGCAAUGACACAGGUCAAACGUUUUCUGUAAGUCUUCACAAGGUUUUCACACACUGUUGCUGGUAUUUUGGCCCAUUCCUCCAUGCAGAUCUCCUCUAGAGCAGUGAUGUUUUGGGGCUGUCGCUGGGCAACACGGACUUUCAACUCCCUCCAAAGAUUUUCUAUGGGGUUGAGAUCUGGAGACUGGCUAGGCCACUCCAGGACCUUGAAAUGCUUCUUACGAAGCCACUCCUUCGUUGCCCAGGCAGUGUGUUUGGGAUCAUUGUCAUGCUGAAAGACCCAGCCACGUUUCAUCUUCAAUGCCCUUGCUGAUGGAAGGAGGUUUUCACUCAAAAUCUCACGAUACAUGGCCCCAUUCAUUCUUUCCUUUACACGGAUCAGUCGUCCUGGUCCCUUUGCAGAAAAACAGCCCCAAAGCAUGAUGUUUCCACCCCCAUGCUUCACAGUAGGUAUGGUGUUCUUUGGAUGCAACUCAGCAUUCUUUGUCCUCCAAACACGACAAGUUGAGUUUUUACCAAAAAGUUCUAUUUUGGUUUCAUCUGACCAUAUGACAUUCUCUUCUGGAUCAUCCAAAUGCACUCUAGCAAACUUCAGACAGGCCUGGACAUGUACUGGCUUAAGCAGGGGGACACGUCUGGCACUGCAGGAUUUGAGUCCCUGGCGGCGUAGUGUGUUACUGAUGGUAGGCUUUGUUACUUUGGUCCCAGCUCUCUGCAGGUCAUUCACUAGGUCCCCCCGUGUGGUUCUGGGAUUUUUGCUCACCGUUCUUGUGAUCAUUUUGACCCCACGGGGUGAGAUCUUGCGUGGAGCCCCAGAUCGAGGGAGAUUAUCAGUGGUCUUUUUCUAAUAAUUGCUCCCACAGUUGAUUUCUUCAAACCAAGCUGCUUACCUAUUGCAGAUUCAGUCUUCCCAGCCUGGUGCAGGUCUACAAUUUUGUUUCUGGUGUCCUUUGACAGCUCUUUGGUCUUGGCCAUAGUGGAGUUUGGAGUGUGACUGUUUGAGAUUGUGGACAGGUGUCUUUUAUACUGAUAACAAGUUCAAACAGGUGCCAUUAAUACAGGUAAUGAGUGGAGGACAGAGGAGCCUCUUAAAGAAGAAGUUACAGGUCUGUGAGAGCCAGAAAUCUUGCUUGUUUGUAGGUGACCAAAUACUUAUUUUCCACCAUAAUUUGCAAAUAAAUUCAUAAAAAAUCCUACAAUGUGAUUUUCUGGAGAAAAAAAUUCUCAAUUUGUCUGUCAUAGUUGACGUGUACCUAUGAUGAAAAUUACAGGCCUCUCAUCUUUUUAAGUGGGAGAACUUGCACAAUUGGUGGCUGACUAAAUACUUUUUCCCCCCACUGUACAAUUUCAGUAGCACAUGUCUUAGACUGAUGGACUGUGCCAUCCCCACAGCCUCCACAAUGGAUCAGUCCACUCAGACAGGUGCAAUAUAUUUUUUUGGGUGCUACUGCUCGACUAAAGACAUUUCGGUCGACCAACAGCCUAUCGACCAAACAAUCGACCAGUCAACUAAAUGGGGUCAGCCCUAAUAUCUUUCCUAAUCUCUUCCACUGUUGUGUCAACAUAAUGUUCCUCUUUACUGCUAACAAAGCAGCAUUUCUCUGUUCUAGAUAGUGGGCUACUUUAGCCUGGGUGUCGGCCUGUUUGUCUGUUUCUGCUCUCUUCCCAACUCCUUAUGGAAUUGUCAGGCAAAACAGUUUGGCUCAACAGUGACAAUGGAGUAGGCAAAAGAACAAACGGAUCUGGGACCAGGCUAGGGCUACUUAGCUCAAGCAUAAAACCUCUGGAACCAAUACUGAUAACGUGCUGUCCAUAGUUCAAUCAAGAUCGAGCAGGGCAGGUGUGGCUAACCCCAAUUCCCCUACUGGAGAGCUACUUGGGUUAGGAGGCUUUUGUUCCAGCCCUGCUUUAACAUACCCAGUAGCUCUCCAGGAGGAGGGUGGUCCACCCCCCCCCCCCCCCCCCAGAUAGGCCUAGCGUAUAAAAGGUUGUCGUCAGUGAUGAGGUCAGGAGAGCUGAAGAUGGUGACAUUUAUAAUGUGCGUGUGUCAGUGAAGUCACUAGUUAGUCAUGUCCUUAUGAGUGACUUUGCUGUCAUCUGAUUGUGUUUUGACACAUUUCUAAAUGGAUUUUGCAUGCACUUGGUGGCUAUUUACUGCCUGCCGGCAGUCAGAACUGUCCUGGAGGUUGCCUCUCCACUGUUGGGAAUGACUAGGGAUUGGUGGGGGCUGGGGGCAUCAAAUUAUGUUCCCUCCCAACUACUUCUCGCUAUCUCUCUGAUUCAGGUGUUGUGUUAAAUACUGUUCUCACUUUUUCUCUCUUUCUCCAGGUUUAGGGGGUUGUGUUGACAUCAUCGUGGAUGGGGUGACGUUGCUGAAUAAGAUCGGCCUGCCGCCCACAGGCCAGCCUCUCCACCAUGACUACAUAGAGAACGCUGAUCAGCUGGCACAGAGCUUCGCUUACUUCUUUGCCCCGGGAGCCGCCUCAGAGUAAGUGGCCAAGCCCCUGUGUGUGUGUGUGUGUGUGUGUGUGUGUGUGUGUGUGUGUGUGUGUGUGUGUGUUUUGACAUUUUCUAGUGCAUGGUGUUAAACUAGUGCAUGGUGUUAAACAGGACAAAGUUAGCGAUCCUUUACAAAGGCAUUCGGUUUCACACACACACUUGAGUUCCUUAGAGACCAGAUCAAUAUACACAACAGAAAUAUUUUAGUAAAUAAAUGAUGGUUAAUAAGUGAUAAGCAGUAAUGGGUAGUCACUACCAACAUGGGACUCUUAUUGAUGGUUUUAUGGUGUUGGAGACAAUGGAAUGUUCUCAAUGUUUUGGCAAUUGAAUGUUCUCAAUAUUUGGGUUUGGAAUUUCAAUUAAAAAGUUAUAAAAUAAUUUAAAGGUCAUAUUUCGAAAUGCAUUUAAUGAAAAAAAAAAAUGUUUUUGGAAACCAAACUCGAAAACCGUGAUACAUUUUUUAAAAACCGAACUUAAAAAGCACUAAUCGCUCAGCACUAACACACACACCCGUCAAAAGUUUUCCUGGGCUUGGUUGUUUAACACUUUAUAAGCUGUGAAGCUUCUACCUUCUAACCCUCCCUCCUUUUUCUGGUACCCCUUUCAUCCUCCCCCUCUCCUCUCAGGCGGUUUGUGAUGAACGACACCCUAUUCAGUCAGCUGGUCGAGGCAUCUCGUGAGUUGCCCGGCAACCGCUGGGUCAUAGGUGGCAACGCCCCGGUGAUGGCUGGUCGCAUGGCAACCGAGGGCUGCGAUGUGUUGCUAGGGGGGAGCUUCAGCCCCGACUUCGCUGACGUACUGUCCCAGCACAUCACAGGUACACACACACACACACACACACACACACACACACACACCGAACACCUCCCUCCUUGAUGCCGUCCCCCACCUCCUCUCUGUCUCUCCAGUUGCAGGUAAUGUUGUGGAGGAGCCAGAUAUUCAUCUGAUCCUGGAGUACCCAUCAGGAGCCACCUGGGGCCAGUACACCGCCCGCAGGGCCAACAGGUGUGUGUUGUUAAUACUAGAGGAUGUGAGAUGAACAGAGUUAGAUUAUUCAUUAUUAUCUUUUUCAUGAUAUCCAAUUGGUAAUUAGUGUUGUCCCAUCGCUGCAACUCCCCUACGGAGUCGGGAGAUGCGAAGGUCGAGAGCCAUGCGUCUUCCGAAAACGACCCUGCCAAGCCGCACUGCUUCUUGACACACUGCUCGCUUAACCUGGAAGUCAGCCGCACCAAUGUGUCGGAGAAAACACAGUCCAGCUGGCGACCGAAGUCAGCUUGCAGGCGCCCGGCCUGCCACAAGGAGUCGCUAGAGCGCGAUGGGACAAGGAAAUCCCGGCCGGCCAAACCAUCCCCUAACCCAGACGACACUGGGCCAAUUGUGCGCCGCCUCAUGGGUCUCCCGGUCACGGCCGGCUGUGACACAGCGUUGGAUCGAACCAGGGUCUGUAGUGACGCCUCAAGCACUUUGAUGCAGUGCCUUAGACCGCUGCGCCACUCGGGAGACCCCCAUUCAUUAUUAUUAUUGCCUUAGUCUACAAAGGCCUGUGACCCCGUGAUGUGGUAGCAUAUCAGGACCUACACUCUGUGUGUGUGUGUACCUGUGAACCUGUGAUGUAGUCCAUUAUAACCCUUGCCCUGUGUCACUAACCUGUGUGUGUGUCCAGGUACAUAGUCCACAGUGAUGACCAUAAUCCAUACCUGGCGUCGCUCCAGGACUUUGCGGUGAAGCUGCAGGACUUCCACCCUGACCUGCUGGUGGUGGGCGGGCUCCAGAUGAUGGACAGCUUCCCCUUCCAACAGGGUGAGAGGAUACUCCGCCACACUGUUUGCCAGCAUGUUCCCCAAUUGGGAGGUGUGAGGUGUUUUCAGAGCAGAGCUGGCUCCCAUUGAAUGACAGACUGUUGUUAUUAUAGUGGUCUGUGUUACUGUGAGGGAGAGAGUAGCGGGGAUGGAGAGUGGAGGGAAGGAGAGGAGAGCGGAGGGGAAGGCAGGGUUGGUUGCCAUUGACGUGCAGACUGUUGGUAUUAAAGUGGAUUAACCCUGCCUGCCUCUAUGCAAUAGCUCUGUUGCUUCAGUCACACAGGCCACUGGAACUCAGCCGGCAUAGGAAGCACAUAUAGGGAGUGUGAGUGUAUAUAGGGAGGGAGUAUGUGUGUGGGGGUCUAUCCAAUGCUAGGUUUUCUUUGGCCAGUAACAUGCCUUUGUGCUGUCAGACUGGUUUGACUACUUUGGAUAAAUUCUCUCUCCCUCUCUCUACUCCCAUCUCUCUCUCUCCUUCUCUCUCUCUCUCUAUCUCUUCGCUCUCCUCAUCCUGCUCUCCUCGCUCUGCGUCUCUCUCUCCUCUCUCCUCUCUCUCUCUCUCCUCUGGUGUCCGAUUUUCGCUGAGGCAUCUCCUCUUCUCCUCCUCCCUCCGUACGGGCUCCAUGUUGAAGGGCCAGCUUCGUGAUGAGGUGGGGGACCUGCUGCGUCUGGUCCUGCCCCACGCCGACUCUCUGGGGAUGAACGAGCAGGAGCUGCCCAACCUGCUCAGCCUUCUGAGGGGCUCCAACAUCACCGUGCUCUCUGACCCCAACCCCCGCGUCGCUACCGUCCUCGACCAGAUGAGGGCGCUCUACCGCCUGGUCAACCAGCGCUACCGCGAUGCUAAUGAGGAUAGCGACGUGGGCGCUUACGCCACUAGUGCCAAGGGCAGGCUGCUGACUCGGCUCCACGUACACACCCUGGCAUUCCAGGCCAUGAUCGUGACGCGCGGCUCCCAGUGGAAGAACACCAUGUCUGCCGUGGCCAAGGCCUCGCUCACCGCUAACCGCCACGUGUGCGGCUCGCCGGACAUCGACCCCAGCAAGGCGCGCCUCAUCAUGGAUGAGUCAUUCUCGGUGAGUAAUCAGGAGGGGAGCCAGCGGAUCCCUCUAGAGGAGACAAGGCCCGUCAGCUGCUGGGACGAGGAUGACUAUGAGAUCUGUGUGGCACCCGUCCUGGUGUGCACUGAGGUUUACCAGACGGCCGGGGGAGGGGACAACAUCUCCGCCGCAGGACUGGUGCUGCAGAUCUGA